AUGAUGAAGUCUAGCGUGCUGCCCUCGGUUCUCUGCAUAGCCGGCUCGCUCUUAUUCCUCACGCGUUACGCCUCUGAGGUCGAGCACUGGAGUCCUUCGAACGCAUAUUCAAAGGGCCUGAGUUUCAGAAAGCGUUUCCAGCAUGAGAUCGUCAAAAAAACCAAGCUGCCCCAACUUGCUGCAAAGACAGAAUCAGCACAAGUUGUGUUCCGAGACUGGAAUGCAGAGCAGAUAGACAGUCGUAUAGAAGACGACAGGCCAAGACCACAUAUUAUCAUUCCGCCGACCGACAGCUCUGGAAAAGUUGCACGUGGAAACUUGGCUCUAGAUGGGCUCGGUCCGGGACGUUCGCAGGCUGCUGGAGCCAAGAACAUAAGCAGCUGUCGCCCCGACCAGCUCGUAUACAUAUACGAUCUGUCCCCGGAGUUCAACGUGGCGACAGUCACUACCGACUGCGCGACAAACCGGUUUUGGGCGGUGCACCCCCGAAACGCGUGCCAGAUCUACUCCCCCGAGCACUGGGGAAUAGGACCUCCCCUUAAGGACGAGAAGUUUGCGGAACUGGGCAGUGAUCCUCAGAUGUGGGCUGAUACUGGACAACACGCUCUUGAAGUCAUGUUCCAUCAGUACAUGACGAAUCUCUACCCCUGUCGAACGCACGACUCGGAAGCGGCAGCCGCUUUCUACGUUCCUCUGUACACGGGCAUACUGUGGCAAAUCCAUUCGGCGCAAUGUGCGACCAACAACUGCCCACAGCCGUCACCGUUACUAGGUCUCGGAAAUAGACUCGAGGAAACGCUCAAGCGUAUGCCGUACCUAGAAAGGAAUGAAGGCCGAGACCACUUCACGACGAUGGGUUACGUAACUGACCUUGCCGUCGAAGACUUCACCUGCUGCAAAUCCAAGUUACUGAACAUGGCCUACACGAGAGCCAUGACGUUACUUGGCAUAGAGCCUGCGUAUGCACACGAAGAGCGCCAAGUCAGCAUCCCCUACCCCACCAGCUUCCACCCCGUGUCUCUGUCCGACAUAGCCGCCCACCAAACUCUCGUCGCCUCUUCCCACCGUCCGAUCUUCGUCAGCUUCGCUGGAUCGUUCAAACGACCGGGCCUCCACUCCGGCCGCGCCCUGCGCGGUGCGCUCCAGGAGCAUUGCGCGCGCGCGCCCGACUUCUGCCACGUGGCGGCCUGUGAGAAUGUGUGCGGCGCCGCGGAGAGCUUCGAGCUAUAUCUACGGUCGACGUUCUGUUUGCAACCGCCGGGGGACUCGCCAACCCGCCGAGGCGUCUUUGAUGCGCUACAGGCGGGCUGCAUUCCCGUCAUCUUCCAACCCAAAACCAUCAACCCAUACGCCCACUUUUUGCGGCCCGACUGGGGCCGAUACUCAGUGUUCGUUCCAGAAGAUGACGUCAUCAACGGGGCAACGGACGUCAUCGAGUUUCUAAGGAACGUGUCCGAUGUCGAAAUCGAAGCCAAACGCAAGCGUAUAGUGAAAGUGCUGCCCCGGAUUGUGUAUAGAAACGUUGCGCGGACCCUGCUUGGGAAAAUGGACGUGGCAGGUUCUGACUACCAGGGACCAGUUAUUGGGUGGACAGGCGCGUACGAAGUUGCAAUCGAUGCCGCUUUGGAAAAGAUCCGCGACAGAAUGCAGACACGUAAUGCGAGUAAUGCGGCUACUGAGACUGUUUGA